GUCCUUGCUGGCCAUGGCUGUCUGUGUCAGGGACCCCUGUGGGCUUCUGUGUAUCCUGCUGACCUAUCUGAGCCUGGGCUAUGCCGACUAUGUCAUCCUCAAACAUAUCCUGCUGCACUCCUACUCGGAGAGCAUCUGGUGCCCGCUCCACGCCGCCGGAUUCAAUCUAGUCGUGUUCAUGCUGCUCGCCUGCCACACCAGGGCUGUGCUGUCCGACCCAGGGACAGUACCGUUACCGGACACCGCCAUCGACUUCUCCGACCUCCGUUCUAACACGCCGCGCAAGAGCGACCGGGGCAACGAGGAUUGGACGGUGUGUAACCGCUGCGAGACCUACCGGCCCCCGCGUGCGCAUCACUGCCGAAUCUGCCACCGCUGCAUCAGACGCAUGGAUCACCACUGCCCCUGGAUAAAUAACUGUGUGGGGGAAUUAAACCAGAAAUACUUCAUCCAGUUCCUCUUCUACACAGGUCUGACCAGCUUGUAUGCAAUGUGCUUGGUUGCCGCCACAUGGCUGUGGCCCCCCAAGAGAGGGACGGUGGACGAUGGAGACAAGGAAGGCCUUGUUACCAACCACGUGCACAUAGCGCACUGCAUCCUCCUGCUGGUGGAAUCCGUCCUCUUUGGCCUCUUUGUAACGGUCAUCUUUUAUGAUCAGAUUGUGUCCAUCAUUACGGAUGAGACUCCGAUCGAGCAGCUAAGGAACCGGCUCCUUAAAGAAGCCCGCAAAGAGGUCGCUCACACUCGCAAACCAAAGAUGGCCCUGCUCCGGGAGGUGUUUGGCAGAGGUUACAUGAUCUUCUGGUUCUUUCCAUGUAACAGCCCCCCUACCUCAGGAGGUCCUGCCUACAGCUACCUUCCGGACUAUGAUGUCUGAAAGCGCACUUAGUCUACCAGCCCCACGCCGCGUUACCAGGGGAUCUGCGAGUAUUAUCUGCACACACGGCCCUCUGUAACGUCCUC